AUGCGAAUCGACAAGAAGGACAACAAAUGGGUGUACGAAAAACGAACGCCUCCAACGCGUGAUGGAACUUUCUCACCACGAAUUAUGAGUGUGCCAUCACUCAGCUGCUCCACCUCCGUCUUCCUGGCUUUGUUUCCUGCAAGGCGAUCACGUACAGUUGAUGCGCCCUGUAGCUUCGAGAAGGGCGUGAAGAUUGGCGUUGGUGGAGUCUGUCUUGGCGUCAUAGGUGCAGAGCCUAAGACAAUUUACAUGGCGAAGUUGACGUUCCUCUUGGUCCGAAAUCCGUGGCGUCCUGUGCAACCUGAUACUGGUCUUUAA